GGGUGCCUGGGAGGGAGACGGAGGAAGUUGGGGAUGCCAUGGUUUGUGGGCUUGGCUUUAAGGAUACCUGCUUGCCGUUAGUCAUACUGUUAGCUGUGUUUGUAUCUUCAUUAAUUCAUCCUUUAUUCCAUGUGAGGGAGAAGUGUGUAAGAGAAAAGGUGGCAUGAGGUUGCUUUUUAUGUAUAAAAUUUCCUCUGUAUGAAACUAUUCCUGUGGAGAUAUAAAAAGCAAAUUUACAGGGUAUCUCUCAGUUGCACGAGACCAGAUAGCGAAUUCUUCAGUAGAAGUUGAAGGACGCUACCUGUUUUGCCAGUGAAAUAUUUCUGUCUGCUUUAUUAAGUGUUUCACUUCUGUUUCUUUCUAGUUGGGGUUAGUUGGUGAGUUGGAAAAUCCCUGCAAGGAGCAGAAAUGCUGGCAAGUGAAAGUGAAAGUAGGGCACAAGUGGACAUUUUGGAAAGCUGAUGGAGUUGGGGCAGACUGAGAGCCCUGCAUAUAGGCAGGGGAGCCAGCAGAGGGCCGAGCAAGAAGCCAGGUUGUGGUCAGCUCUUCUGCGCCUGUGGUGUCUUCUGACUCAUCCGUCUGCUCCCGAAAUGGAGUACGCCUGGUAUUGGCUCGAUGAUUCUGGGGAGUGGAUCGAGUAUGGGGAAAAGCAUCCAGAUCACUGCUCUGCCACGGUAACAUCUGCAGAUCUGGAGAAGGAAUUUCGAGCUGACCAGAAAGGCAUUGUGUUAUUCAGGGCUGGUUCUCAGAAGUAUAAGUUAAGCUUUGAAGACAUGGUCCAAAGAAAUUUGAUCUAUGAAACUCAAAGAAAAGUUGCCCGACUGCCAAAAUUUCUGUCCUCUCAAGGUGAACAAGACAGAAGCCAAGGCAUGACUCUCUCAUGUUCUGACUGUCCUCCACAAUGGGACCAAUCUGCACUGCCUGAUAUCGGGUUCAAGUUGGUACAGCUCAGCUACACUUCCCAGGAAUAUGGAAAAAUUAAGAGGCUGUUUGAGAAGACGAUGAAAGAUUACUACAUCCACCAACUGCAGAGGAUCCAGAACCCAACACUUUGGCAAGUUUUUCAGUGGCAAAAGUUGCAGAUGAAGAAGCUCAAUAAAUCGAAACAGGUGGAUGAGCGGCUCCUGUUCCAUGGGACAAGUCCAUCCCACAUGCCUGCCAUCUGUGAGCAGAACUUCGACUGGAGGAUCUGUGGGACUCACGGGACAAUGUUUGGAAGAGGAAGCUACUUUGCCAGAGACGCCAGCUAUUCUCAUGACUACUGUUCCUCUCGCAGUGGUCGCUACAGCAUGUUUGUAGCUCGCGUUCUUGUUGGAGACUUUGUUCAGGGAGACCCCGAAUACCUUCGCCCUCCACCCAGAGCCGGUAAUUCAAACAGACUUUACGACAGCUGCGUGGAUGACCCGACAGACCCUUCCAUCUUUGUCAUCUUUGAGAAGCACCAGAUUUACCCUGCCUAUAUCUUGGAGUACAGCAGUGAGGCCCAAUGUAUGAUCCUAUAAUGAAUGGCGGAAUCUCCUUUGAAUUCACCCUGAAUAAAUUACACUUUAGUACA